UUGGCCUUCUCUCUCUAUCUCUCUCCCUGCCCUACCUCCAUCUCUCACUAUAACUACCCCUUGCCAACCAUGGCAGCUCACUCCCAAUCCAGCAAGCAGCAGUAGUAGUAGCUAGCCAAGAACAGAAGCAAAAGCAGCAAGCAAGCAAGAGCAGCUGCAGAAGCAGCAGUAGAAACUGUAGAAGAAGCAGCAGCAGCAGCAGCAGUAGAGAUCAGCUUGAGAAGUGAAGUGAAGCAGCCAAGCUUCCUCAUGGAAGACCCCUACACUAGCUUCUUCAAGAACCCUUACUACUACUACUGCACCUCGGCUAGCUCCUUCCCCACCGCGCCCGCCGCCGCCGCCGCCGCCGCUCACCUCCCUCCGCCGCUGCCGCCGCCUUACGCUGCCCUGUAUCCUACCGCCGGUGGCGUCGGCGUCGGCGUCGGCGCGCAUCAUCAUCAUCAGUACCCGCCGGCCGCAUUCUUCCACCCGCCGCCGGUGCACCAGCAGCAUCAGGCGCCGCCGUCGCCGCCGCUGCGGGAAGCGCUGCCGCUGCUGUCCCUGUCGCCCACGCCGGCGCGCCGCGGCGGCGUCGUCGACGCAGCGGCUGACUCGGACUCCGACGACGACGACGACGGCGACUGCUGCUACCACCACCUGCAGGAUCAGGAGGGGGCGGCGGCCGGGUCGACGGCCACCCCCGCCGCCGCCGCCGCGCGCGCGCCGCUCUUCGCCGACCUCAACUGCAUCCCCACCUGCUGCGGCGACGACAACGACGGCGGCGACCCGAUGGACGUGGAGGUCGCCGGGACAACGGCGGACAUCGACGCCGCGGUCGCCCUGCGCAUCGGCCUGCCUGCCGGCGGCACGGAGGCCGAUCUCCUCUCCGGGCUCACCGGCGCCGGCGUCGAACACGAGGAGGAGGAGGAGGACUGCAAGGUGGACGGCGGCGGCAGCGGCGGCGACGACGAGGUGGUGCCGCUAGGGUUCUCGUCGACGCCGAUCGGGAAGCUGAACAAAGGGCAGUACUGGAUUCCGACGCCAUCGCAGAUCCUCAUCGGCCCAACCCAGUUCUCCUGCCCUGUCUGCUUCAAAACCUUCAACAGAUACAAUAACAUGCAGAUGCAUAUGUGGGGGCAUGGGUCGCAGUACAGGAAGGGGCCGGAGUCGCUGCGCGGGGUGCAGCCGACGGCGAUGCUGCGGCUGCCGUGCUACUGCUGCGCGGCGGGGUGCCGGAACAACAUCGACCACCCGCGGGCGCGGCCGCUCAAGGACUUCCGCACGCUGCAGACGCACUACAAGCGCAAGCACGGCCUCAAGCCCUUCCUCUGCCGCAAGUGCGGCAAGGCCUUCGCCGUCAAGGGCGACUGGCGCACCCACGAGAAGAACUGCGGCAAGCUCUGGUACUGCCUCUGCGGCUCCGAGUUCAAGCACAAGCGCUCCCUCAAGGACCACGCCCGCGCCUUCGGCCACGCCCACACCGCCCUCGACGCCGACGACGACGACGGCGCCGUCUCCGACGCCGACGCCGUCGUCAGACCUUCGUCCUCCAUGGCUGCCUCCUCCCUGCAGCCGCCGCCGCGCUAGCUAGCUACUAGCAUACAUAUACACCCCUCCAUCCAAAAAAAGUUCAAUCCUGUCCAGGUUCAUAGCUAGAGUUUAUGAUCACCCUAUCGAUCUAUUAGUGAUACUACUAUCACUUAUUAGUUGAUGUUGCUGUUUUUGUUUUUGUUUGCUACGUUAAUUAGGGUUAUGGGAAAAUGUAAGGUGUGAUCUCGUGCUCUUAGUUUUUCUUGAUCAAUAUAGCAGCUAGCAGCUGGCUGGUUGUUUAUUAGCAUGAUUAUAUAGCACCGAUCGAUCAUAUGUAUGAUGAUCAACUUAUUAAUUACGUGUUGGUGAUGAUUUUGAUGUAA